CAAGGCAAACCACCGGGAGGACGAUGCUGCUGUUCUCGUGCGCCGUGUCCAGCGCACAGGCACCUGCGAGCGUGCCGCCCAACGACUGGGCUCACACCGUCAAGCUCAACAAUGGCGUCGCCAUGCCGCUCAUCUCGCUCGGCACCUGGCAGUACUCGCCGGCGGUCGCCGAGUCGACGGUGCGGCUAGGCCUCUCGCUCGGAUACAACCACAUCGACGCCGCCCUCGACUACAAGAAUCAGCGAUCGGUCGGCAAGGCGCUGGCCGAGCACGACCGCGCCUCCUACUUCUUGACGACCAAGGUUCCCUCGCGCACCUCUGCAAGCUCUGCGUUUGCCGACACCUCCAAGGAUCUGGCCGCCGACCUCGAGCAGCUCGGCCUAAGCUACGUAGACCUCAUGCUGGUCCACUUCCCGCCCGUCGGCAACACGCUCCACUGCGCGGCGAUGCAGGAGCAGUGGCGCGCGCUCGAGACGUUCUACCGCGCCAAGAAGGCGCGCGCCAUCGGCGUGAGCAACUACUGCCAGUCAUCGCUCAGAUGCAUCGCCCGUGCUGCCAACGUCACUCCCGCCGUCAACCAGAUCAAGUACCACAUCGGCAUGGGGCCCGACCCGAUCGGGCUGCGCAGCUACGGCGACAGGCUCGGCAUCGUCACGCAGGCCUACUCGCCGCUCGGAGACGGGACAGGCGAGCUCAUCAGCGGCCCGCUCGUGACGGGGAUCGGCGCAAAGCACAACAAGAGCGGCGCCCAGGUAAGCUUGCGGUGGGUGGUCGGCCAUGGCGUGCCGGUCUCGACCAAGUCGACGAGCGCCAGGCACCUCACGGCCAACCUCGACCUCUUCGGCUGGGAGGUGAGCGCGCAAGAGAAGGAGGCGCUCGAUGCGGCCACCUCGCCCAAGGGGCACCCUUCCUUCAUGUGCGACGCGUGACGGCGGGCCGCCGGACGGUGUGAGUUGGGUGCUGCCCCCCCUCCCCCCCCACUAGGAGUAGGGUGUACCUAUUGUCCACUGUGCGCGAGAGUUGUGUGGUGGGUUGUAUGUGCGGAGGGCCGGAAGCUGACACACAGCGUGGUGUGUGCGUGUGCGGAGGAGGUGACGAGCGCUGCCUUGGCUGCAUCCGCGGCCAUCCUGGGAGCUGGGUGCUGGGAGUGCGUCCCUCCUCUCAGUCUCGCCACGUUGCGGACAGACCGUGAUCGAGCGGUGUAUCCUGAGAGACACCCAAGCAGGCAAGCUCAAUCACAAAAAAA